AUUCAUUUUCCCAGUCGCAAGCUUUUCCGAAGAUAGCUUGGUCACAAGGUCGAUGUCUGUCUGUUUGAAUAACAUAUUGAUCUAAGUUUGUAAUUGAUAUGUUAUUUAUGUUUACUUACCCACAAAUGUUAGGCCUGCAGUAAUGUCACCGCCGAAGGUACGUUCACAGAUGUUACAGACAUCAAUCAACUGGUAGGAACAAGUGGCUGGUUUGGGAAUUUGAAAGUCUGCGUACUGAGAAUCUCAGUGAGAUAUUGUCAAACCAGGAGCUACAAUGGAUAGCGGAGAGAUGGAGGCCGAACACAAGUUUAUAGGCAGGGAAAAACUGUCUGAGGACCUUGUUAGCCAGGUCGUGUCAAAGAAGACACGUGUGAUCUGUUUAGACGGAGAACCGGGCAUUGGUGUGUCAAGAUUUGCCGAGUUCUGCUUGAGAAGGGUUGAGGAACAUCAGCAACACACAUGCUUCUUUAUUGACUGUCAGAAAGUUCCAGGAAAAACAAAAGAAGAAGUUGAGGAAAACUUUAAGACAUGUUUUGAAGAAGAUGUUAUCCAAAAGACUGUAACAAAGUCAUCAACUAUUUUUGACAGCAGUAAUCGGCAGGAAAUGAUAGAUGAUCUGGUGAAGAAGUUUGCAGCAUUUCUUCAUGGAAAUCAAGAAUCUCAUGUGAAUCUCCUGUUGGACAAUAUUGAUCGGAACAGCAAGGGUAUCGUACAGUCGUUUGUGAUCAAUGCACUUAAGUCAUUCAAAAGAAGAAUCACAAAUGUAACUUUUAUUCUAACUUCUCGGAUGAAGCUCUCUUUUUCACAAUUUAAAAUGGAAUCAGUGAAAAUCCAGCCUUUCACCAAAGAUGAAGUGAGGAAAUUCUUUCUUGACAACUUUGACUUUUCAUUCCGAGAAGAUGUAUUCAGGAUUGUUCAUGACUGGUGUGGUGGGAACGUGACUGUCUUGUGUUUAGUAGGUCGGGAACUGAGAGAUCUUGAAGACAUGUCCUUUGACCAGGAGGACUUGUCAGCUGUUAUUGUCCAAGGGUCAUCACAAGAUGCUUUACGCCUCGUCAACAGCGAAAGCUUGGCAGAUGAGGAGAAAUGGAGCCAAAUCUUUGCUCGAUUCUUUGAACAGCUGGCUAGAAGAGCACAAGAUCAUUUGCAGAAAGUUGCAUAUUUUGCCAGUGACUUCACAGCAGAGGAUUUGAACAAAAUGCGUCCAAAUGAGUCUGUAGCUCUGACAAAACACCGUGUUCUUGUUGAGCUUAUGAGGACAAAUGCUAUUCGUCACAAUCGGACUGACAAAACCUUCAAGGUUGAUCAACUGACUAAACAGUGGCUGGCCACCCAGGAAAAAGGAACUGACGAGGACUGCUGGCUUGAUCCGUCUAACCAUGGCCGUGAUGAUGAGGUUCAAGACACAAAAACCGACCCCUUUUCUGAAUCUAUGGAUGACAACACACAGCAGCCUGUUAAAGCAAACGGACAGGUAGAUGGAAAUAUCAAACCUGGCCACAUAACGCUGAAUGAACUUUUGCGGCAAAGGAAUGUGAUUUCUGAACCAAGCCAGCACGAUGGUUCCAAUCAAUCGUCCGGUGAGCUGAAGAACAAUACUCCUGAUAUUGCUGGAACUGGGCCCCUGGAGUCUCCAGCAAGAUCUGAGAGAUGUGACAAUGUAACUCUCAACAUUGUUGCAAGUGACGGCAGGCCUAUGGCAUCUUCAACUCCAUCUUUGUGUCAGCCACAAGGAUGUGUUAAUCUGUGUGGUGAUCCCUCUCCGAAGGAAAAACUACCAGAACGCUUUAAAGACUUAUCAAUAAAACCUUGUAACCUUGACAAUAAUACCAGUGGUUUUGAAGGGAGGAGUGUAGAUUUAGGGGAGUUCAAUGGUUAUGCAGAUCCAAGUCGUAAGCAGCACAUAUUUUCGGAGAGUAGUGUGGACAGUUUUGAAAACAAUGAACUGCAGCCUACAGCCAUGCCCACGCCUUUUAGAAAAUCGGCAUCUAUCCCAGAACAGGAUGAACCUCAUGCCAUGAUCAGCAAAGAUAAAGGAUCUGCCUCUGUGGUUGAUUUUGUUCAAGGGUCACCCUCUCAACAUGUUGAACAGACACUACCAUAUGAACAUACACUACCAUGUGAACAGAAAACUACAUGUGAACAGACAGCACCAAGUGAACAGACACCAGCAUGUGAACAGACAGCCCCAAGUCCCUGUAGACAAACUGAAGCAUCAUGGACAAAUGUACCUUCAGAUAACGACAGAAUAGAAUCUCAGACUCUUUUAAAAUUUGCUUUAAUGGCAGAUCAGCCAAGAGAAGCCUCGGACGUGCAAGGAUGUGACCAUGAACAGUUCAACAUGACCUCAUCGGGACCCUUUGCCAUGGCAAAGAAGACAAAAGAUGAUCAUAGAAAUCUUCUAAAACAAGAUGCUGUAGAUAAAUCAGAAUGGCAUGCGGACACAGAAGAGAAUCAUCAAAACUACUCAGCACAAAAGACAGAAUCAGUGAUGGGAAGAACCAGCGGUGGAGAGGGACACUUGGAAGGGCAUCAAGACCUUGCAUCAGGGAUGAGACACAACAGUUCCUACUUCGACUCUGAUACUCCUGCAACAGUCCGACCUCCACCCGACCGCCAUCUUUUUGGAGCAUUCAAUAGGACUAAUGAAGAAAGAACUAACAUCAGCUCAAGGAGAUCGGACACAGGGGGAAAAGAUGUGACUGACAAAGGUGCACAGAACGUUCAGAAUUCUAGAACUGUUUAUGUUCAGCCAAUACAGUGCACUUCAGUCGGACUCCCACAGGGCUGCACCCCUUCUGACCAACAGAACAUCCAGUAUCCCAGCUUGGACCAAUCAGCAAGGUCAUAUGUAGAACCAAUUCAGUUGUUUCAAACAGCCCCAGGUGAUGUUCUGGAGCAGCAGUUGCCCCAUUACAGACUACCUUGCCCAGGGAGUGCUGUCACACUGAACUCUCAGCAUUACCCCAGGAGUCAUUUCCCACUGAAUACUCAGUCCCACCCCAUGCGAGGUGCGACAUGGCACUCACAGCCUCAACCUAGAGGAGGUGGGCAGACACGUCCUGCAUUAAGACAUAAUGUCCAGCAGCAAUCAUCUGCUCAAAUCUUCAGUUCUUCAAUGGCACAGCUUCCAUUACUUGCCAGUGAGUAUUCCCCUGAUUCAACACAGAGCCAGCCAGUUCCAAGCUUCCCUAGCCACAUUAGUACAGUGACACCAUCCAGCAAUCAUCAGAACCCCCAGCAUAGAUGUACAUCAUCAGGGACUUCCAGCAUACGGUUGCACCCACAGGGACCUCAAGGACCAUGGGGAGUACAGAUCAGACAUGCUGCUUCCCAGCCUUUACAACAGCCAACUCAAAACUCAAUUCCUAGCAUUCAUCUGAUUGCUCAGCAACAGCAAUACUACCAGCAACAACAGCAGUGGCAGCAGCAGCAACAAUACUACCAGCAACAGCAGCAGUGGCAGCAGCAGCAACAAUACUACCAGCAACAGCAGCAAGUGGCAGCGACUUAUCAGCAGAACCUUCCCAGCUUCCGUUUUCAGAGAAAUGAGCCAAUAAGAACACCAAUGAUGUGUGCCAUGCAACCAGAGAGUGCUGGAUUCAUCAGUCAUGUCCAUCAGCAUUAACCCCUGUGUGUGUCCCAGGCAUUAACCCCUGUGGGUGUCCCAGGUUAGAAUGGGUUCCUGACACUAUGGGUGGCCAGUGACCCGAUUCAUUGUGUGAAAUGGUUAUGAAACUAUUAAACAUUUUCUUAACCUUCCAGAGCAAAGUAUGAUGUUUGAUCAACCAAAUAUGUUUUCAUUCUCUUACUUGCUUGUUUUUAUUUACAGGUUUAUGUAUACUGGCUUAUUAGAGAUGGCGCACAGAUAAAUGUCCUUACUUGAAUCAUCAAUUACACAGUGUUUAUAUCUUCAGCAACUAUUUCCCAAACUCAGAUAGAUGUAAUGGAGAUACUUACUUUAGAUGUGGUCUAUUGUGUCAAAUUGCACCAAAAGUCAGAAUCACUUUUCACUUGGCCUUGACCUCUGAGAGUAAGGCUCUCACAGGGUUCCUUUGAACUCCAGCGCUGGUUAGGUUCAGAUGAACUCAAGUGCUGGUUAGGUUCAGAUGAACUCAAACGCUGGUUAGGUUCAGAUGAACUCAAGCACUGGUUAGGUUCAGAUGAACUCAAGCGGUGGUUAGGUUCAGAUGAACUCAAGCGCUGCUUAGGUUCAGAUGAAGUCGAGCAGUUGACCAAGGUACAUAACUCAUACCUGUGUUUCUCUAACAUGCAUGGCAUCCAUGGAAAAGAAGCUGUACAGUGUCUUGAGGUAGAAAGAAAAAUGACAAACAGUUGAUGUUUUUGCAUGUUCCUGUUAAAAUCCAACAGUCCAGUUUAAUGGAACUAAGGGUACUUGAGUACAUCUUUUCUAUUCAUCAGAUGCCUAUCUGAAGGGUGUUUCCUCUAAAAUGUUUGACCUAUGAAUCUUUCUCCACUAAAUGAUUUGAUGUGUAUAUUUAUUGUGUAUAGUUAUUUGGUAUGGCUGCCAUAAUGGACAAGGUAUUAGUGACUGCUUCCAGCUCAGUUGAUUGCAUCAUUCAGUAUAUUGUAAAUGAAGCUGUAUCGCUUAUUAUUUCUAACAAUGAUAGCUCAUGGACAUAGAUGAAUGUUCUUGACUAGAAGAAUGAUGAAUCAGGCUGUCAAAUGUCUGUGAUUUGAGGGUGAUGUUCUGUGUACGUGUAUGAUACACAGUUCAGUCACUUCUGUUCCAUCCACUUCCUGGCACGUCUUCCAUCUUGCCUGGCUAAGCAAUACUCAGAUCAGUGCUCACUAGUGUUGACUUGUUCUGCUUGAGAUUAUCUAUUUUAUUGGGUAUCCUUUAUUUAUGAUUCAAAGUAUUUAUGUGUAUGACACAUAUAUAUUAUUACAGGCACUAUUUAUGACACUUUGUAACAUCUCUGAAGAAUUAUCUCAUGGAGAUCACUUCAGUAAUAUUUAUCCAAGUUUCUAUGAAUAUGAUAAACAUGUGACCUUGGUAUGAUUAUUUUGUACAGAUGUGACAUUUUACUUGCCAGUUGAGUGUGUUAUUAGCUCAUCAGAAAAUGGCUGCCUUAAAUCUCACUCAGACAUGACCCUGUUAUUAUUCAACAGCUGUACAUCUCAGUCCGAGGGGUUGUCUCCCUUAUGUCAACCAACCAAAUGAAAUGUCAAGAUGACUGAUGUAAAUAAACCUUACAGUUUGUCACAUACACUAUUGACUGUCGGGCUGGAUAUACUUUUGUCUGUUUGCCUUGUCAAGUACAUUUUCUUUUCAAGACAUUUAACGUUACCAGAUAUGUAUGCAUAUUACUUCAGCAUAAUAACUCAUUCGUAACCAACUUGUGUUAUUCUGGGACAAGCCGAAUAUGUUAUGGAAAGGGGCGAGUGGUGAUGAAUGAUAACAACUGCGCUGUUAGGUUUUUAUAUUUACACCAGUAUCUGUUUACCCUAUGCUGUCUGACGGUCUGGAAGAUCACCAUUUUGGAAAUCUUGGACCCAACAUGAGAUUAAGAUUACGGCAGUUUGUUUAUAUGUGUUGUGAUGUUUUGAUGUAUUGGGGAUACAUCAAGUCUUUAUUGAGGAUAAUUAAGACCUAUAGAUUUGUCUAUAGACAUAAUACCUGUGAAGGUCCGGGUUAGAAUUGAUCUUCAGUAAACCAUGCUUGUUGUAAGAGGCUACUAAUGGGGUCGAGUGGUCAGGCUCACUGACUUGGUUGAC